CACGUGGUAUGAAGGAAGGAGCGUACGCAUACAUGCUUGCUUGCUUGCGAGGCCACGCAUCUUGGAUAGCUAGUGUCAGAAAAAACUCACCCAAAAUAUCAUCGCAAGACACCUGUAAGACCCCACCAUGGCUGUAAGAGCAUCAUUUGAAAAGAACAACGAAAUAGGCUGCUUCGCAAAGCUGACCAACACAUACUGUCUAGUGGCCAUUGGUGGAUCAGAGAAUUUCUACAGUGUGUUUGAAGGGGAGCUAUCGGAGACCAUCCCAGUGGUCCACGCCUCCAUAGCAGGUUGUAGGAUAAUCGGGAGAAUGUGUGUGGGGAACCGCCACGGGCUUCUGGUGCCCAACAACACGACAGACCAGGAGCUGCAGCAUAUCAGGAACUGCCUGCCUGACUCCGUUCGCAUCCAGCGAGUUGAGGAGAGACUGUCCGCCCUGGGCAACGUCAUCGCCUGCAAUGACUAUGUAGCCCUGGUCCACCCAGACCUCGACAGGGAAACUGAGGAGAUUCUGGCAGACAGUCUGAAGGUGGAGGUCUUCCGCCAGACAGUGGCCGAGCAGGUCUUGGUGGGAAGUUACUGUACCUUCAGCAACCAGGGAGGUUUGGUCCACCCCAAGACCUCUAUAGAGGACCAGGAUGAGUUGUCCUCACUUCUGCAAGUUCCCCUGGUGGCUGGUACAGUGAACCGUGGUAGUGAAGUCAUUGCAGCGGGGAUGGUAGUGAACGACUGGUGUGCAUUCUGCGGCCUGGACACCACCAGCACAGAGUUAUCUGUCAUAGAGAGUGUGUUCCGUCUCAGCGAGGCUCCACCCAGCGCUAUCGCCACCACGAUGAGAGACUCUCUGAUUGACAGCCUGACUUAAGGGCUGUCUCCUGUCAGUCCAUCCUACCACAGAAGGGGAGAGUCCUGCGAGGCAACAAGUGAGAUAUCCGUCAGAGGAUUCUCCUACUAAAGACCCCUCCCCCUACUUUCCAUCUCUUCCUCCCACCUGACUUUCACUCUUACACCUUCCCAUUUCCUCCUUCUCAGUCCAGCUUUUAGGGGUUGGAGAGCACCAGUGGCUGGGUGGAAUCUUUAUACUUAAAGGAACAUUACGCUUCAUAAAACUAGUUUUAUCGAUAGCCCUUUCAGACUGAAAGUGCCUUAAAAACUCUUGUUUUGUCGUGUGGUUCCUGUGUAACUUUGUAUGAUAACAGAAGUAUUGUAACUUGCAUUGAACUGACCAUGUCAAAUAAAAGGCUUUUUAGUGAA